AUGUCUGGGAUAAAAAGGAAAGCAAACUUCAGUGAAGAGGAGCUGACAGUUCUCGUUGAUGAGGUUAAGAAGAGAGAAAGCAUAAUUUUUGGGAAGCUAUCAAGACAAGUCACUACCCAUGAUAAACACUGUGCCUGGAGCCAAGUAGCUGUUGCUGUAAGUGGUGUUGGUCUCUGCUCAAGACAACAAGCCGAUGUUCGCAAGAAAUUUCAGGAUCUUAAAUCUUCAGUCAAGAAAAAAUUGGCAGAAAAUGCCCGGGAAAUGAGAAAAACUGGUGAGUUAAAUCUCUAUGCCAGCAGCCUUAAGGACGUGGCUGCAGAAGUACAUGAAGGGAACAAGUCCCUAAAGGAGGUUGCAAAAGCAGUAGAUGUAGGAAACAAGUCUUUCAAGGAGGUGGUUAAAGAAGUACAGGACUUAAACAAAUCCCUCAAUGAUAUAUCCAAAGAUGCAUAUAUUUCUCCUCAGGUAUCUGACUUUCCAUAUAAAGUAUAG